GGGAAAAAAAACUCUAAUCUCUCAGUGAGAAACUGUUGCAGAGAGGAUCACAGCUUCGUCCACUUCAGUCGGGAGUGAAAAAAUAAGAUUGAAAGUGGAACUGAAAGAAACACAGAUUUUUACACAUACAAACUCCCGGCGGAGCAGAUUUUCCGAGGAGGACGUAUCGAAUAGCGGACGGAUGUCACGUGACCUCCGAUCACCAUCGCAUCUGCUACGUCUACGCCGUCCUCCCUCUGACUACACAGCGUUCGUUCUGAUAUUACCGCAGCGAUGUCGGGCGAAAUUGAUCAGCGGAAAGAAGACAAGUCUCAACUACGCGAAGCACAAGUCCCGCGGCGUGGGUGCGGAAGUCGGUUCUCGUCAUGGGUCCUCGAGAACGGCUUUCUGGUGCUGUUAGUGGUAGCUACGGCAAGCGGCUACAUCCUGGGAUUCCUGCUGAAGCCCCAGAACUUCUCCUCGCAGACAAUCACCCUCAUCGGGUUUCCCGGGCAGCUUGUCAUCAGAUCUUUCCUCAUGAUCAUUGUCCCGCUGCUCUUUUGCAACCUUGUACUCGGUGUGUCAAGCUUAAGGAAAGGAGGAGAUGCAAAGAUGGUGGCGAUCACCAUCGCUUUCUUUUUGGGACUUUCUACUUUCUCCGCUAUCAUGGGUGCGACAGCGGGUCAUGUGGUGCAUCCUGGCCGGAAGAUAACAUCCAGCAAAAUACAGCCGCAAUCGAGUAUGUCUGGUCGCAAAGGCGUCAUCCUGGACUCCAUGCUGGAUCUCUUAUGGAACGGAGUUCCUAGCAAUAUCAUUGAGGCGACAUUUGUGAAGGAAUACACACAUGUAGAAAUCGUCAACACUUCCAACAACGGAGCUCUGAAUGGAUCGGUCAUUUAUAAAAAAAGCCUCCAACAGAAGAAGGGAGUCAACUUCAUGGGUUUGCUGACGUUUAGCAUCUUGUUUGGCUGUGCCCUCGCCGCGCUGGGUGAUAAAGGUGACGCCCUACAUAAAGUUAUUGAAGAACUGAAUGCUGUUGUGAUGAAAAUCAUGAAGUACUUCCUCAAGUAAGAUAACUAUCUCUUAUGAAUUCCAG